UUCAUUUCCCAAGACGCCACAACCAGAAAACUGCUCGAUUACCGUGUUUGCUCGGAAUGGAAUAACGUCGACGCCCUACUCCACGAACUGGCACUCGACGGCAUCAUCGUCCAUGAGCUAUGGAACGUAACCGAAGACAUGCAGAUUGCGAGUGGUGACUGGGAUGCAAGGAUUCAACCGGGCAUUGCGAUAGAAGCGUGGUGUUUUCUGGACGCACAGAGUGAUGCUUGGGAGGAACAUGGUAGUGAGAGCGAGGUCGAAGACGAGGUGGAUGGAGACAGUGUGGGAAAUGACUGCAAGAUGAGUCAACAAGAUUCGAUGACUGAAUCGCGUCCCUCGCAUCCAUGGUGGUUCAGUCGAUGGCGAGAAAGAGUAGAAAAGAAACUCUAA